CCCACACGAACGCAAGAAAAUUUUGCCUUCUGCUUCUUGGUUUCGCUGCUCAAUCUCUCUCAGAAUCAGAGAGGCGUAGAGGGAGGGAGCCUGCUAAAGGGUUUUCCUCUGGAUUUUCUAGUUCCAAGGAAAGAGAUUGAGAUUGAGAUUGAGAUUCAUAGCAAUGGCUGGAAAGGAAGUUCGGGAAUACACCAAUCUCUCCGACCCAAAAGACAAGAAGUGGGGUAAAGGGAAGGAUAAGAUAGACGAUGAAGAUAUCACGUUUCAACGAAUGGUUGCGAAGAUGCAAGAGGUUGCAGGAGAACGUGGUGGUUACCUUCAUGGACGUGGCGCCUUGGACAGUGAUGAUUUGCUCUAUCUCAAGGAGCAGAUGGAAGCUGAGGAGGAUGCAGAGCGCCUCCUCAGACGCACGGAGAAACGAGCCUUUGCAGCAUUUAAGAAAGCUGCUAGUUUAGCUGAUUCUGCACCUGCAUCUGUUCCCUUGGCUCUUCGUGUGGAGCCAAAGCCAAAGAGUGGAAUUAGGCAGCAGGAUCUCCUGAAAAGGGUAGUUGAAGUGAAACCGAAAAGGCCCAGAGUUUCAAGUCCAGCAGAGUUAGCAAAUCCGAAGCAUGAGAGUGAGAAUGAAAAGGUGAAAGAGAAGAAGGCCUUAUCAUCAAAAACAGACAAAAGUGAAGGCGAGAAAGAAGCUGAAAAUCCAGUGAAGAGUUUACUAGGUUUGGCAUAUGCUAGUUCUGAUGAAGAGGACGAAUGAAUGACUGACUGACUGAAUGAAUGAAUGUAUGCUUAGUAGGGUUCCAUGUAAGAUAUAGUUGAGAGUGUUUUGUCAUGAUAUGUAUAACUUUAGAAGUUUUGAGAGGAUCAUCGCCCGUUCUAAAUUUUUGAAGACUGUAAUUAACUGUCUGAGUUGAGCUGGCUGGGUUGAGUCAAUCAAAUUAGUUAUAUGCUCCAUUGAAGAAGUUCA